AUGAGCUAUCUCCGCCAACAGGGACUAGUCGGAGAUGUAUGGCUACUAGCGGACCAGAAAGGCAACAAGCUGUUCCCCGAUGCCUCGCUCGGACUCGGUCUUCCGACCUCGUUCUACUUCUGGCAAAGAGGGGGCAAACAGAAUCAUAAAACCAACGUCGUUCGCGAAGAACAACGAGAAUCAGUACGAGGAGCGAAUCAGGAGUACACCAAUGGAGCAGAGGGAAAUGAAGGCAAGCCAGGUCUCAAAGGAAAUAACCCUCUCUCGUUUGACGAUGAUAAGCCUCGAGGCAUGGGCUCCCCUGGUGGCCCAAAGACCAUGUCUUUCAAGCAGGAAGGUCUCUCCAAUGCGGAUGCCAUGCAUCCAUAUGUCAAUGAUCCCGGAAAAAGCAAAAAGGGAGAGGGCGAGACUGAGACCGUGAAGGUCAAGGGUACUGUGAGGACCGAUAGGCCACAGGUGUAA